AUGGAUGAUUCCUAUAAUAUUAACAUAGUAAAAGCCUUAAACAAUAUUCAACAAAGUUUUUAUUGUUUUCAAGAAAUUCAUGUAUUUGGAAAGGUGUCUCAGCAAAUUCUAUCAUUGCUCAAGGUAAUUAAUUCCAGGGAUCCAGUUGACGAGCACAGAGAAGAUAAUUCGGAUAUUCCUACAUUAAUUCUCUUCGACAGAACUAUCGAUAUUAUAACUCCGCUUGUCACGUCACUCAAUUAUCAAAAUUUGUUGGACGAAACUUACAACAUAAAUUCUGGAUUCAUCGAAAUACCUCAAUCUUUAUUAUCCAAAAAGUUAUUGGAAGAAAAAAUUAACGAAAUACCGUUUAACACUCCCAGCACUUCCAACUUUAAAAUUAGAUUAUCCAACGACCUGGUUUUUCAAGAAAUCAAGGAUUCCCAUUUCUCUAUCGUAUCCGAAAAAUUGAAGGAAAAGAGCCAUGAGUUGCAAAUUAGUUAUGAGAAAGGUCAAACAUCUCUUACAGGAAUAAAAGAUUUUAUAGCGAAACAUCUGAAAAACGUCAAAAAUCAGCAAAAAUCAUUAGCGCUACAUAUAAGUAUUUGUGAAAGUAUUAUACAAAAUAAGGCCGACCUCACCGAAGAUUUUCACCAGAAAAUCAUUAUUGAACAAAAUAUAUUGCAAAAUCAAGAAAAUAAAUUGUGUUGGCAGUUCUUCGACGAAUUAUUACUGAAAAAGUCAAAUCCCCACACGAUAUUAGCAAUAGUUUCAUUGUAUUGCCUAAUGCAGGAUGGGCUCAAUAAUAAAGAUUAUACAAGAUUCCAAAAAGACUUUUUACACAUUUAUGGGUAUGAAUUUAUAACAGCCUUUUACAUGCUUACCAACGCAAAAUUAUUGUACGAAAAAAGUGCCAGCCUUUCUUCUAAAUUUAUCGGAAAGCUGUCAGACACAUCUUUAGGAGUUGGCGGUGGAUCUAACUGGGCUAAUAGUGUGAUUAAAAAAUUAUCGGAAAAUGUCGAGGAAAAUGAAUCAAGUCCUGUCAACAUCAAAAACCCAUGUAAAAUGUCUUAUGCUUAUAAUGGUGUUUACGAACCAAUAUCUACGAAUCUUAUAAGCAACGCACUUAAUGGUAAUCAACAAUUGAUAGAGGAAGUUAUGAAGCUUAUUCCCGAAGGUAGUUAUCAAAAAAUUAGGAAUCCUUUUGAUACGAAUAUCAAAAGGUCUACGAACCACGGAGGUACACCAAGUAAAAAGGUAUUGGUUUUUUUCAUUGGUGGAUGUACGCACGGUGAAAUAUCUACCAUCAGAUUACUAUCCAAACAAAUAGACCGAGAAAUUUCUAUCGCAACCACAUCAACACUAAAUGCCCGUAAAUUUAUCUCCGCGUUAAUCGAAUAAUUUUUAUUGUGUUUAAUAAAUAUCAAUGAUAAUUCGCUAUAAUAAUAAUAUAUUUUUUUUAUAGUAAUAAUUACUAAUAUAUUGUAAUUAUAAAUAACGAUAUUUUGUAUAAAAUUUAAUGAUUUUUU